AUGGUCACCGUGCGCUUUUCAGAGUUUGAGGCUUGCGUGUCAACGAUCCUCAGUAAAGUGAAAGAGGCUCUUGGUCAGCAGGAGUCAAUCACAUUGACUGAUAGCCAGGGCAAUAAGAUUAUUGACUCCGAAGGCACUAGAGGCACAUGCCACCCUUACAACAACAUUGACCCUAUCAGAGACCGAAAUAGCAUCUAUAAGGGCUGGAUUUUCCUGUUUGAUCUGCAAAGGUCCUCUGAACAAACCAGUCUUCUCAACAUGCUGCAGAAGCUUCAUUGGUUGCAGUAG